GGGAGGUCUACACUUUAGGGGCUUGCUCUUGCAGUACCGAAGCCACAAGGAAGCCUUGCAGAAAGCAGAGCUCCACCAUGCUCGGCUCAGCACUGCUCUGUUGCCUGCUCUUACUGGCUGGAGUGGGACCCAGCAGAGGCCAGUACACCCAGCAUGAGAGUAACUGCACCCACUUCCCAGUCAGCCAGACCCACAUGCUCCGAGAGCUGAGGACUGCCUUCAGCCAGGUGAAGACUUUCUUUCAAAAGAAGGACCAGCUGGACAACAUACUACUCACUGACUCCUUACUGCAGGACUUUAAGGGUUACUUGGGUUGCCAAACCUUAUCAGAAAUGAUCCAGUUUUACCUGGUAGAAGUGAUGCCCCAGGCAGAGAACCACGGCCCAGAAAUCAAGGAGCAUUUGAACUCCCUAGGAGAGAAGCUGAAGACCCUCAGGAGGCAACUGCAGCGCUGUCAUCGAUUUCUCCCCUGUGAAAAUAAAAGCAAGGCUGUGGAACAGGUGAAGGAUAACUUUAAUAAGCUCCAAGAGAAAGGCGUCUUCAAGGCCAUGAAUGAAUUUGACAUCUUCAUCAACUGCAUAGAAGUGUACAUGACCAUCAAAAUGAAAAGCUAGAACACCCAGAGUGUGUGUUGAGUCUACGGACUUAAACAGACCUCUUUAAUCUUACCCGGGGAUCUUAGCUGGCAGAAGCAGCUCCUUGGGAAACCUCGUUGUACCUCUCUCCAAAGUAUUUAUUACCUCUGAUACCUCAGUUCCCACCCUAUUUAUUCAAUGAGCUUCUCUGUGAACUAUUUAGAAAGAAGCCCAGUAUUAUAACUUCACAAUAUUUAUUAUCUUUACCUAUGUUUAAGCUGUUUCCACAAGGGACGCGUGGUAGUAUUUCAGUGUUCUAAGUUAAAUUAUGUUAUAUUAUGGGGGGGGGUCUUCUUUGAAAAGCCAGCUGAAGCUUCCAUUGUAAGGCUGGCCACAUUUCACAGCUACAGACGUUUACUGUGAUGCCCCCUAGUUUCUUCCAUCCCUGAGUUCAGGACUCCUGAAGUAGUAAAGACAGGGCUUAGGAAGGGAAACCGGGGAGCCCUUUUGAUGACUGUCCUUUCCACAGCUCAGAGGGAUUCCCCUGACUUCAUUCUCCAACUAUUUCAUUCUUGAAAGCUGUGGCCAGUUUAUUUAUAACCGCCUAAAAUUAGUUCUAAUAGAACUCAUUUUUAACUAGAAAUAAUUCAAUUCCUCUGGGAAUGGUGUACUGUUUGUCUGUUUUUAUAGCAGAUUAUAAUUUUAAAUAAAUGGAUCUUAUUCAAAUCA